AUGACUUACAGAUGCAGUAUUUUUCAUCCAUAUCCUCCAUAUCACAAGUACGAUCAUCCAGGAGACCUUAUGGUUGGUGGAAUUUCAUCUCAAGUUGGUCCAGUCUCUGAAAAAAUCACCUUUGAAGAUCAUCCUCCACCAGUAUUGCCUGGACAGUUUUUUGGAGUUCCUAAGAAUUACCAGCACAUCCUGGCUUUGGCAUUUGCAGUAAAGGAGAUCAAUGAAAACCCACAAAUCUUACCCAAUCUCACCCUGGGUUUCUACAUUUAUGAUAGUUAUGACAACGCUCAAAGGACCUAUCAGGCCACUAUGCUACUUCUAUCAGCAACUGAGAGACUGGUCCCCAACUACCUAUGUAACUUCCAGAAUAAAGUCAUAGCUGUUAUUGGAGGAUUGGAUGCUGAAAUCUCACUCCAUGUGGCAACUCUCUUAGAUAUCUUUAAAAUUCCACAACUCAUUUACGGCUCUGCUCCGAUAAUGAAUGAUAAAACUCCAGGCCUUUCCUUUUAUCAGAUGGUUCCCCCAGAAGAACUUCAGCACAAAGGGAUUCUCUCACUGCUCCUGCAUUUUAAUUGGACGUGGAUUGGGAUUUUUAUCAUGGACAAUGACCAGGGAGAAAAGUUUGUAGAAACAAUGAUUCCUCUUUUUUCCAAAAAUAGGAGUUCAGAUCAUUUGCUGGGAAACAAAACCCCUUCAUCGCAAAUGGAGAUGGAUUUAUCAGACAGUUCUGGCAAGAAUACACAGUUCUGUGUAUUCCCAAAUGUUGUUAUGAGUGAUGUGCCUGAGAAUGCUUGCAAUGGUACAGAGGAUCUGGAAAGCCUUCCUAGGACUCUUUUUCAAAUGGACAUGACUGGUCACAGUUACGGUAUCUACAAUGCUCUACAUGCUAUAGCUCAUGCUUUACAUGCUGUGUCCUCUUCAAAAGAUACUGAGAGAGCAAUGGCAGGUAGGUUCCACUAUUUUUUGAGAAAUGUUGCUUUUAACAACACUGCUGGGGAACUGGUCUCCUUUGAUCAGAAUGGGAUUUUAGCAGCUGGAUUUGAUAUAAUCAACUUGAUUGCUUUCCGAAACAAAUCAUUUCUUCAUGUGAAAGUUGGAAAUGUGGACUAUUCAACUCCUUCAGAUAAACUAUUAACCAUCAAUGAUGAGAUGAUUACAUGGCACAGCUGGUUUAAUCAAGUGAUACCCAUCUCUGUCUGCAGCAAGAGCUGUUAUCCUGGUUCCAGCAAAAAAGUGAAGGAAGGAGAGGCAUUUUGCUGUUAUGACUGCAUCCCCUGUCCAGAAGGCAGGGUUUCAACUGAGAAUGAUAGAAAUGAAUGUUCCAGAUGCAAAGACAAAUACUAUCCAAACAAGAAACGCAAUUUAUGUAUUCCCAAAAGUAUUAGUGUCUUGGCUUAUGAAGAACCUUUAGGGAUCAGUUUAGCCUGUAUUACACUUUCUUUUUCUAUCACUACUGCUCUUGUGCUUGGAGCAUUUCUGAGCCACAACAAUACUCCCAUUGUGGUAGCCAACAACAGGGACUUGACCUAUACUCUCCUCAUUGCCCUCCUGCUCUGCUUCCUUUCAGCACUGCUAUUUAUCGGCCAACCAGGAAAAUUUACCUGUGUCCUAAGACAAACAACUUUUGGUGUGGUCUUCUCAGUGGCUGUUUCUUCAGUCUUGGCAAAGACCAUCACAGUGGUUCUGGCUUUUAUGGCCACCAAACCAGGAUCCAGGAUGAGGAAAUGGGUGGGGAAAAAAUUAGCUAAUUCUAUUGUUGUUUCCUGCUCCCUGAUCCAAGCCAGCAUUUGUACUCUCUGGCUAUCAAUUAACCCUCCAUUCCCAGAUGUUGAUAUGAUCUCAAUGACUGAAGAAAUUAUUCUGCAAUGUAAUGAAGGCUCUGUGACCAUGUUUUAUUGUGUCCUUGGCUAUAUGGGUUUCCUAGCUAUUAUCAGCUUCACCACAGCUUUUCUUGCCAGGAAAUUACCUGACAGUUUCAAUGAAGCCAAGUUCAUCACCUUCAGCAUGUUGGUCUUUUGCAGUGUUUGGUUGACUUUUGUUCCAGCAUAUUUGAGCUGCAAGGGGAAAUACAUGGUCGCUGUGGAGAUCUUUUCUAUCUUAGCUUCAGGUGCUGGGAUUCUAGCUUGUAUCUUUUUCCCCAAAUGUUAUAUCAUUGUAUUUCGGCCUGAGUUGAACAAAAGGGAACAAUUAAUGAGAAGGAAUAUUGAUUAA